CUCGGUUCCUCAUUCCCUUAACAACACCACCUCCUAGCCUCGUUCCGAGUCUCCAUUGCAGGACAAAUCAUAUGGGCAGAAAGAAUUCCAGGCUUAGAGCAACCGUCCUCCACGACGCUGCCAAAGCCGUACAGGCUCAAUUUCGCCGCUGGGACGUUCAAUCAGUUGUCGGUGCUGAUCUCGCCUGGUAUCUCCUGCUAGAUUAUCCCGGAGCUAUAAAGCAGUGGAAACUGGACAUCUAUAUACAAGGGUACCGGGGAUCCAUGUUGUCAUUGGCCAGGAGUUUAUCAGCGAUCGACACCAGAUUUGCGAUUUUGAGUGGGACAGCAACAGUAACACAUGCCCACAACUCGUGGACUUGCGAUAUCACUCUCAUUAGCGCUAAGUGGCCACACCACAUCAUAGUGAAAGACAUCGCAUGUCUUCCGUUCAAGUAUCUCCUCUUCCUGCGCAUGAAGGUGUAUCCAACAAUAGCUUCUACCACCGAGCUCGAACACCGGAUGUUUGAAGACGUUGAUGCUUCGAAAGCUUACCUAGCCUCUACGAAGUCAAUAUCCCCAGGCCAGGUCCCAUCGCAAGACCAAGUCGCGUUUGAUAUUCUUUUCGAGAGCUUAUGUGCUACAGUCCCUGAUGCGAAGGAAACCUUUCAUGCUCUUCGUAUUUUCCCAUCGCGACUGGACGUCUCCGAUCCGACUAUGAUUAACCUGACGACAGCCGACGAUGUGUGGGACACAAGACCCAAGUCUUCUCCUCCUUCCCCGUCGCCUUUCCCACCGAAAGUUAGUACUUUACUGGCAGUCUCGACCCCAGCCAGUCCAGUGAUCCCAACCCGAGGCUUUCGCGCUGUCGUAUUCCGCGCCGCCAAAGAAGUCACUCGUAUCUUCAGAGAGGCGGAGUGCACAUUCGCAAUCAUGGGGAGUGCGGCUUGUUAUCUCUACGGAAACAAACGUUUGCCAAAUGACGUCGAUAUCCUGAUAUCAUCGCAUACCUGCGAUGUAGAGUCGUUGAAAGAAUUACUUGUUACCAAGAACCCUAGGUGUUUCUACCUCGUGAACGCCAAAACCCCUGGAGCUACGUGGAAGGUGCUAUGGUACCACGAUCGCAGCUCAAAUGGGAAACUGGAGAAAACGAAGGUCGAUAUCCUCAAACCCGGAAUUUUACAGCUGCCGAUGAUAUUUUCCGAGGCUAUCGUUGAUAAGCAGGGAUUACCAGUCGUUCCUCUGUCAAUUCUACUGCUGCACAAACUGAAGGGGUGGAAGGAUAACAUGGAGUCGACGGAGCAGCGACUUCGGAGCAAGCAUGACGCGGAUGUGGGGGAUAUAGGCUCCUUGUUGAGGAUCGUCCUGGAGGGAAUGACUAUGCAGGAAAGGAAAAACUCGACGUAUUGGAAGCGGUUUGCGCUGGAACGGUUCGAUGAGGAAUUCCGCGAUGAGACUGAGUAUCGGGUGAGGUUGUUUUGUUGGAGAUUUCCAGAGUAUCGUGAUAUGUGGCGAAAACUAGGCUGGUAGACCCAAAUACAUAUUUUCUGUUAACUCAGCGACCUAACUCGAUUUAGUACGCGACCAACUGUCCCGGGCCCAAGGUCCGGAAUCCAUCUUUGUCUUUGUC